AAUUAAUGCAUCGUCAGCAUAAAAUAAUGUGUGUUUUGAAUAAUAAAAUUAAUAAAUGUAUUUAAAUAACGACUUGAACACAUUCAAAUGUUGAUUGAAUAUCAUGAUUCUCAUCAAUUACGUACUCCUAGCUGUUUUUAUAUCAUACUGUUCUAUUGUGUCUGCAAGUCGUUUUGGGAAUGCUAGCUUGUGUCCAAAAGCAACGAAAUAUGGUAAAAGACCUCCGAAAUCAUGCACUCGGCCAACGGACCCAAAUAAUCUGCCUGCUUCAAAACUAGAAUCCUGGUUCACGAGAGAAAUGUUUGAAGACCUAUUCCCAUUUUCCAAUCUUGGAUGGGGUCCAUCGAGUUGCUGGCCAUAUUCUUACGAUGCAUUUAAAAUUGCAUCCAGAUACUUUCCAGAAUUUGGAACUUCGAUUAAUGUGAAUAAUAAGAAGUAUUCUGAGGAUGCGAAUAAGAAACGAGAUUUGGCGGCUUUCUUUGCCCAUGCUAUUCAAGAAACUGGAGAGAAUAACAUUGCCCUCUAUGGGAAGCUGUCCGAUCAGAUGCUUCAAACUGUUUCUACCGUGGAGGAUUUUAUAACUGGUUUGAAGGAGGGCCAAUAAGUAGCUUUUUGGACCCUAAAACUCCUGGUUAUACUCCAUCCGACGGAAAUUCAUGUUCAUCUGCUGGUCUUUAUUGUUCUGCUUCUGAUCAAAUAACUUAUUUCUAUCCAUGCUCAAAUUCAACAGUAUCAAAUACUGCUGCUCCAUAUAAAGGAUGUUAUUUUGGACGUGGAGCCAUUCAAAUUUCGUACAACUACAACUACGGACAAUUCCAAGAUUGGUUGAGAACUGUAAAUAUUAAAGUUGAUUUAUUAAAAGAACCAAAUCUUGUAAUGACUAAAAUGGAUCCACCACUUGCCGUUCUGGCUUCUCUUUGGUUCUAUAUGACACCUCAACCACCGAAACCAGCAAUGCAUGAUAUUGUAAUGGGAAACUGGAAUAGUGGAGCAAAGAAUGCAGCAGCUGGAUAUGAUGGACCAAUCUUUGGACCAACUUCAUUGAUCAUUAACAAUGAAUGUUCUGGAGAAGAUCCAACAAAUCCAGGAGGUCCAGGAGAAUCUAGAAGAAUCAAGGCAUUCAAAUGGUUCAAUGGAUAUUUUGGUUCCCCCGUUGGACCUGAGCAUACAUUGUCCUGUAAAAUGAAGCUGGACGCGAUUUCCCACAAUUUAAGUUAUCAACCUAAUUGGCUUACAUCCUGGAAAGAAGAACCAUGUGAUUGUGCUCCUGCAAGUUAUGGAGGACUUGUGAAUUACUAUGACCCAGUUUAUUAUCCAGCAAAGUUUGCAGCUCAGAAUGAAAUAAAUCGCAAAAAAUGUAUCAAAUCGAUUUAUGCAAAACCAUCAAUGUAUUCAAUGGACAAGAAAACUUCUGCAUGUCUUAAUCACUAA